AUGAAGGGACUGUCACUGCACUCCAUCCUGUGGUACACACACAUCUCUGAUGUGAGCGUGACCAGUGAAGCCCGCGGCGGACUGCUCCUGACCGCUGACCUCCCAGAUGUCCCGCUGAUGUCUUAUAGAAGCCUUUGUUGGUUGGAUGGAGAGCAGGUCGAAUGUCCGCUGGAACGAUCGCUCCAGUACUACUGCUGUAAGAAGGCUGAGGCGGAGGUGGGCCUGAGCUCUCUGGGGGCCGACCCUCUCUCUCACUUCCCCUGUGACGCCUGCGCCGCCCUGGAGAUGGACGGGACGGACAUCACUCCUGUGUGUCUGGACCAGCUCUGUCUCCCCAACACCGCGGCUUCCAUCGCCUCCUCCGUCUCCGCCCUCAGCCCUUGUCCCUCCUGCCCCUCCUGCCCCACCUGCUCCCCGGGACUGCACAACGGGGGCGAGCGGUUGGGCUUCCACACCUACUACUACGAGCCGCCGUCCCACUGCUCCACGCUGCCGCACACGCCCUCCGCCCUCAGCCUGAGCUUCUACGGGUCGUCCGAUAUGUUCCCCCCGCCACCGCCACCUAUACAGUCAUACAGCACUGAUGUGUGA